CAAACAGCCAGCCAUCCGUGGUUUGUUUAAGCAUGGUACCACCAUGGCGCCUUGAGCGUUCGAUCAGUGCACGCAUCGCAUCACGCACCACCAUAAACAACACAACACACCUGAUGUAUGUGUGUCCCUAAUUAUCACACGGAAAGAAAGAACCGCGCACCACCCACCACCACCACCACCUCCGCCACCAGAUGAUGUUGGAUGAGUUGUCAAAUGAAUGGCACACUCCCUCACAAACAGCCAGGCAGUGCAGAAAGCGCAUACAUGUAUUUUUGUAUAUGUGUGGCCUAAUUACGAAUUGUGUGUGGGGGGGUGGCUCCAGCCUUUGGGUACCUCCACUUGCUCCCUCGCGCCAUCCUUGCGCACCGACCGCAUCACCGCAUCCAACACAGACUGACCACACAACACCCACACACCCACACACGACCACACAGUGUCUACGCACACACAAGGAAGUCGGCUGCGUGUGCGUGUGUCUCAGCACAUGUGCGCACCUGCGUCUGAAUGGACACGUGUGGCCAGAAGAGAUCCGCCUGCUUGCCGCUUCUGAUGUGCUUGACACAGUCGGCGAAGUUCUCGAUCAUCCUCUGCUCCUGCCGGCAGCCCUGGAAGCGGUAAGUGUCGAUCCUCGACGCAACGCGGCAGUGCCGAUCGAUGAGCGGACCCGCAACAGGGAAGGACUCCAGCUGCAGCCGCCCAUACACAUAGUCGGAUGGUCUCUCUCUCUCUCUCUCUGUGUGUGUGUGUGUGUGUGUGUGUGUGGCACCGCACCUGAAGGGACACUUCUGCCUCUGACCGAGCGAUGACAAAGUCGUCGAAGGUGAUGACCCGCGUGUCACCGACGAUCUCCACGUACUGCACAUAUGUGUGCACACACAUGACAUGACAUGUGCACACACGGAUCCGCCCGACCCCCCCACCCACCUGUCUGUUGGGAUGCAGGAAGGAGCAGUGGAAGGUCAGCACGUGGGGCGGCUCCAGGGUGUCCGGCUUGGCCUCCUCGAAAACCACCUCACCCGACACGUCAAGCGGGAUGCCAUCCGGCGUGCACACCGAUGCGCGGGCGCACACGUACGUCGGCCAUCGGUACUGGAAUGCAACCAACGCGAUGCGGAUACAGUACCUGCACAGACCAAGAGCACACCGUUGCUGAUUGAUUGGACAGUGCCGUGAGUGAAUCGAUGGGUGUUAUUGGCCACGUCCAUACCAUCCGAGGUCGCCCACACAUCCGAGUGGGUCGCCGUCUGGCCUCGUGCUGACGACCACAGCCCACAUGUCUGUCUCGUGCGGCACAUAUCCGUGGAAUGACUGACCGGAUGUCGCCCCCAUUAAGGAAGGCCUGGCUGCCAGCGAAGGAGAAGUUGACGCCCACGCGCUUGACCGGGCCAAACAGGGGGUCGCCGACCAGCGACGAGAGGCACUGCAGACGAUCGUGGUGCAUGAACAUGACGCCAUCCAUGAAUUGAAGCCCCUUGUCGCAGCACGCCUGCACGAUCUUGAGCAGCUCCUCCAGAUUCGUGGCGGUCGGUUUUUCAAGCAGAAUGUGUUUCUUGGCCUCAGCCGCCUUCACCGCCCACUCGAGGUGGAGCCUGACCAGUGCACAACACAUCACCUCCCAUCCCGAUGCCUCCCAAACUUCGUGUGGGCAUUCGUGAGUCUCACUUGGUGGGCAGCGGGAUGUAGACGGCCUCGACCAGCGGGUCGUCUAGCAGCGCCUGGUAGCCCUCGAUGGCCCUGGGCAGACUGCCGGUCUUGGUCUUGGUCUUGGCCCUGGUUGCCGUGAUGAACUCGACGCAUGAGCUGUGUGCCCGUGAUGCACAGGCUGAGAUAUCGGCAUUUGAAGACAGCUGGAUGGCCCUGACGUUCUUCUGCGCAACUGCACAGCACAGCAGAGCAGAGCAGAGCAGCAUCUUGUAUUGUACGUGCAUUUCAGUGAAUCCGAGCUCCAUGUGACUUACUAGCGGCGCAGCCGACGAUGCCAAAACUGACGAGAUCUGCAAGCAAACACAGACAUAAACACACCAUCUGCAGAUCUGCCAUGCCACGGCAGCUUUGGCUGUCACACUGCAGCUAACAUUCACCGCACCUGUUUCAGCUCCUGAAGCGGCCAUCUUCUUUCUCCUGGGCGGGUGGGAAGAACGCGC